AUGCAAGCAGAAAUUAUUCCGGCGGACAUCGCGAGAUAUAGCUUCACUAGUGCUGUUUGGCGAGGUUUCGUACCUCCCAAGAUUGAGCUGAUUUCUUGGUUUGUAUUAGACGGCAGAGUAAACACCAAAGAUAGAUUGUGUAGGCUAGGCGUUAUUGCACCGAAUGAUAACAUGUGUGUGUUGUGCUGUAAGGCCGUAGAGUCUGCGUUUCAUUUGUUUAUUGGGUGUGAGGUCACUUGUCAGGUGUGGAGUGCUUGGCUGUUUGCUCUUGGGAGGCUCUGGACAAUGCCAGGUUCACUAAAGGAGCACUUUCAAAGCUGGACGACUGGUUCAGUGAGGAAGGAAGACACCAGGCGGUGGUUCAUGGGUUUUUAUGCUGUUAUAUGGACAAUUUGGGUUGAAAGGAAUGCGACGAUCUUCAGGAAUCAAGAUACUAAUGUGGAGGGAAUUAUCAGCAUGUCCUUCGAGUUCUCUGAUGAAUGGUUUGGUGGUGAACCAUAUGGUUAUUGA